GCGAGUUGCCCCAUUGCCCCAAAAUGUAUGAAUCCCUGGUUCAGCCCGGGGUUCAGCAGGGUGCGGCACAGAAACACUCAGAGAGAAAAAAAGGACUUUAAUAACUCAACGGAUCAUCUACUAUCCAACACUCAUCUCUACAUCAACAUGAAGAGCGCACUUAUACAUGUUCUCUUCUUAUUAUGCGCGACCUGUGUGUUUGGUGAUGCAGAUAUAGUAGAAACAGUGUCAGCCAUUGAGGGAGAGUCUGUUACUUUACUUUCUAAUUUUACUAAAAUACAGAAGGAUGAUGAGAUAGAAUGGAGGUUAAAUGAAAAGCACAUUGCUGUAAUUAGUGGUGGCUCCAUCACUACUAAUGGGGCAUUCAGAGACGGACUGCAGCUGGACAAACAGACUGGAGAUCUCAAGAUCACAAACAUCAGAACCACAGACUCUGGAGAAUAUAAACUAAAUAUCAAAAACACCAGAGGGUCCUCAGUGCAGACAUUCAGUGUCAAGGUUGAGACUGAUCCUAGAUCUGAUGGAGUGACGGUGGUGUCAGUGACUGAGGGAGAUUCUGUUAUUCUACACCCUGAUACUGAAAUACUGAAAGAUGAUGAGAUACUGUGGAGGUUUAGAGAGAAAUAUGAUAUUGCUAAAAUCAAAAAAGAUGAAGACAUCAUCUCCACAUUUGAUGAUAUUGCUGAUGGGAUAUUCAGACACAGACUGCAUCUGAAUCAUCAGACUGGAAAUCUCAUUAUCAGUGACAUCACAUCCAAAACCUCUGGACUUUAUGAAGUUGAUAUCAAGAGGAGAAAACACAUCAUACAAAAGUCAUUCAAUGUGACUAUUACCGACAAACAGGACAUACUGUCAGUGAACGAGGGAGUUGAUGUCACUCUAGGAUCUGGUGUUACUGAACUACACAGAGAUGAUCGGGUACAAUGGAGAUUUGAGCAUGAAGUUGUAGCAAAAGUCAAUAAAACGGCUGGAAUCGUCAUCACAUUUGAUGAUGUUCUUGAUGGGAGAUUCAGAGGCAGACUGCAGCUGGAUAAUCAAACUGGAUCUCUGAUCAUCACACACACCAGAACCACAGACUCUGGACUCUAUUACCUUGAUAUCACCAGCGACAGACACGUCAUACUCAGGAAAUUCGUUCUUUCUGUCUGUGAUUCAUGUCGGUUUCCAGAUUAUGUAACAUUGAUAUGUCCUGCUUUUGGUGUUGCUGUUGGUAUUCUGCUGGUGGCUUGUGGUGUGAGUCACUGUCGCCGCAGGAGGUUUAAACAAGUUCCUCGCAGAGUCAUAAAAAGAAGCAGCAUAUAGAUGGAUCCAUUACAAGGAUGAGUUCUGUUCUUACAGGUGAAAUAUGGAGGUCACAUGAUCUGACAGGAUCCUUCGAGAUCAGAGUUAACACAGUAUUUCCAAUUUUAAUUAAAUAAAAUUGUUGGUUUGGUUGUUGGUUUGUAAUAUUAUGAUCUAAGAGUCAUGAAAUGUUGUGUGAAGAAAGUUACUGCAGAGAUACUGAUAUAUCCUCAGCUUAUAAACCUAAGUACAUUUAGCAGCACGCACUUUUAUUCAGAGAAGUUGUUAUAGUAAGUGCCUUUGGUGUUUAUUUUGAUUAAAAUUACGAGGGUGAAUGAAUUAAAAAAAUAUGCACAUGGAUAAAUCAUUGCAAUCACUGCAAUAUUCUAAAAAAAAAAAUCCUAAAUGUCCAUUUUGAUUUCAUGGUGACAAAAGUAAAAAAAAAAAAAA